AUCUCCUCCUCCUUUCCUGUGCUGUUUCACGGACAGGCUUGCUCACAGCUGGAGGCGGGGGACAAGCUUCACCAGCAGCAUGAGCACGAAUGAGGAGAAGGGAAGUUUCCUGCUCUUCACAUUACAAGAAAAGCCUCUUCGUAUAAACUCUGCUAACAGGUUAUUAACAUCCUACAGCAAGUCAUCACUUCAGCCUAAGGGUUUGUGGAAGAAAUAAACUCUACAUGAAAACUGAAUGUAAUUAAGUCUUACAUUCAAGACCCUGAUGAGUGAUACACAGGGAGAAGUAGAAGAUGGUGAAUUUCACAGAGAAUGCUACUGAGAAAUGCAAUAUUAAUCAUGGUAUCCACCAGACAUUAUCCCCCGUGGUGUACAUAUUUGUGUUUGUAUUAGGCUUGCCAGCUAACUGCCUGUCACUGUACUAUGGGUAUUUACAGAUCAAGGCUAAAAAUGAAUUAGGUAUCUACCUUUGCAAUUUGACUAUAGCAGACCUGCUGUACAUUUUUUCUUUGCCUUUUUGGCUUCAGUAUGCUUUACAGCAUGACAACUGGACCUACGAUGAGCUGCUGUGCAAAGUCUGUGGCAUCAUCCUGUAUGAGAAUAUCUACAUCAGCGUGGGCUUCCUGUGCUGCAUCUCCAUCGACCGCUACCUGGCCGUGGUGCACCCCUUUCGGUUCCAGCGCUUUCGGACCAUGAAGGCUGCUGCCAUUGUCAGCAUCAUUAUCUGGGCCAAAGAAAUUAUGACAUGCUGCUUUGUCUUCACACACGGGGAGAUCAGUAUGGAUGCUGAGAGCCACUUGGUGUGCUUUGAGCAUUACCCCAUCAAGAAAUGGGAGCACAAUGUCAAUUACUACCGAUUUUCUGCUGGCUUCCUUUUCCCCUUCUUUCUGCUGGCCUUCUCCUACUGUGGGAUUUUACGAGUUGUCCACAAGAGUCCUGGCACUCAAAAGAAGAAGAAAAUCCAAAUUAAAAGACUGGUAUCAAGCACUGUUUUCAUAUUUUUAGUCUGCUUCGGACCAUACCACAUCCUACUUGUAGUUCGUAGCUUGUUGGAGAACAACUGCUCAUUUGCUGAGAAAAUAUUUAAUGUUUACCAUAUUUCUCUCCUGUUAACUACUUUUAAUUGUGUUGCUGACCCAGUAUUGUACUGUUUUUCCAGUGAAAGCACUUACCAGAACUUUGUCAAGAUGAGAGACUCUUGUCUAACAUGUUUAAGCCAUCUGAGUACUGAGACGAAGGAAUCCUAUCCACUAAACAGUACUGAAACUCCCAACAGAAAACAGCACGAACAACAACCAGGGUUAUUACAAAUACCCCUUGAUGGUGCUGGAAUGAAGGACUGCUUCACAACUAAUGUAGGCAGCCUAUAGCAUUAAUCAAAAGGACCUUAAUCCUACACCUGCAGCUAUGGCCAUGUUUGUGUAUCUGUCUGAAUUAUUAAUGUAUUACAACAGUGUGACCUCCCAAAGGCUUAUGAGCAAUGCUGUACAGUGAAGCUGUUUCUAGAGGUGCUUGGAGCCUGGCAGCCUGGCAACAGUGAGGAAAGUCAGUUCAGUUAUAAUCGUAUAUCUGUUGUGCUACCACUUAAAACCUGUUUGGCUUGAUGACUGCAUGGACUGGAAUAAGCCAGUACUCACAGUGUGUAGUUCUGGUGAACUCAUCUUUAGCUGCUUUCUGUUUGCCCCUGUAGCAUCUAGAGAAAGUAAUUCUCUACAAGCUGUCAUUAUCUGUUGAAAAGGUCAGAGACAAAAAAAUUACAUAUCUCCAUAUAUACUUUUAAAAAUAAAAAGCCCAACAAAACACUUGUGCAACAUCUCUGUAACUCUCUGAAAAAACUUCUCCAGCAAGUUUCAAAGCCUGCAGAGACCAUGCCAGAACCAGAUUCCUAAAACAAUCAGUCUGGUAGUGCAAGACAUUAUGGGAGAACAUUCACAAGGAACUCAUCACCUGCUGAGACCUCGAGGCUGUUAUUUCACUGUUGAAUCUCAGACUGUUAAACUUCAUUGUAAGGCUCCUAGAGACUUCUGGAAGUAUGAGACUCUGGGCUCCAGUGGGUGUCAAUAACUUGGUUUGUUGACUUGGAAGAGAAAAAGAGGUUGGUAGUACACAAGGCACUUGGAUUCCAUGUGCUUCUUUGAGUAACUGUGUUCAAGAAUAUUUAUUUACAUCUAAAUUCUACUACACCUUGCUAAGGUUUUGCUUGUGUCCUUUGCAAUUUGUGUAUCUUGUGCAGCAUAGACCAUGCAGGCAAUUAAAUAACAAUGCAUUUGUCAGGGAAACUGUUGAAUGAAUCUGUUUAAACCAUGUUUUUGCCCACAGAUAGUAUAGUUUAGGGUUUGGUCAUUGUUCAGUAAACACAGUAUCAGAAAUAUGAUGUAUGAAUGAUCUGUGUCCUGGUUUAGACAGAAACAAAAUACAGGAGUAAGUGAAGAAUAAUGGCUUUUAAAGACUUGGGAGUUGUGCUCCACAGUAUUGUAUCUACUACCACCUCCUCCCUAGGUUUCCUUGGUUUUUUUUUUUGUUACACUAAUGAAUUCUAUGUGAUUCUUCUUUGCAAGCUGCUCAUCACACCUCCUUUUACCUGCAGCUGUUACACCAUGAAUAUUGUUUUGUCCUUUCAAUUCUCUGGUUUCAGACCUUCCUUGCAACACCUCUCUCUCUGCAACCCGGAGCUGAUAACUUCCAGCAGUAUUAUCAGCUUUGUUUCUUUGGUUUGCUUUUGAGUCAAAAGAUUGUCUAGACAGAUGGUCUACUCCUGCUAUCUGAAUAUGUCAUUGUAACACAGCCUUGCUUGUCAUCAGAUUCCAAAAGAAAUAUAUUCUAACAGCUUUCUGGAAACCACCUUGAGAGUGCAAUAUUGGAUAUAAUUAGAGAAUGUGUUUGGAUAUAAUUAGAGUAUGUGUUUAAUAAAGAAUAUUUUUGU